CUGUCCGCACUGCGCAGGCCGGGAAUAGGCACCCUCUGCCCUGAUGGAGGCAGGGCCCUCCGGAGUCGUCCUGCUGACGCAGAUCAUACCCCAGCCCCACUCGUCAGACUCCUCUGCCCCACCGCGGCCCCUACGGAAGUUCUACCAGGGGGAGCCGCUGGCUCUGGGCAUCACACAGAUACUCAUGGGCAUUGUGCAGGUAGCUUUCGGCAUCAUCCUGAUUCUGGCGAAUGGCUACCAGAUAAUGGCGAUACACGUGGGGACCCCCUUUUGGACGGGGAUCCUGUACAUCCUUUCGGGGUUCAUUUGUGUGGCGGCUGCCAAGAACCCCAAGAUCUCACUGGUGAAGGCCAUGCUGGCUAUGAAUACCCUCAGCGCCGUAGUGGCCGGAGCGGGCAUCAUCUUCUAUUCGCUCUCGCUUACCUUCCGCUUCCCGCAACAAACCUGCUACUGGAUCGAGGAGUCCAAGUCCUGCGCGCCGACCUCCCGAGUGCCCGCGGAUACCAUGUUCGGGGUAACCAUGAUUCUCCUGGUCUUCACCAUCCUGGAGUUCUGCGUCUCCAUCUCCAGUGCCGCCUUCGGGUGCAAAACCCUCUGCCGGGACAGCUACAGCGACACGUCCAUGGUGAUUUAUCAGAACAUGGGGCCCCCAGCUGCCCUCACCAACGACCCCCCCAAAGCCCCACCCCCUUACCAGGACACCCAGACCCCCUGA